AUGUCAACAUCUAAGCAGUCAUCUAUUUUUGCAAAAGAAAUUGAUUGGAAAUUAACACAUAAUAUUCUUCGUGUUAAAGAUUCAAGUGAACUAAUAAAAUUUUAUGUGAAUAAUUUUGGAAUGAAAAGAGUCAAAAUCUAUACACCAUCGCUCCCAUAUAAUGUUGAUGUUUUAGGAUAUACACACAUUUUUGAUGAAAAUUUUAACAAAGCUUCAUAUGCAUUGCCUUCGUCGACAUUACUUGAAUUGCAUCACAACGAUCCAUCAAUGAAUACUCCAUCACUUGUCAAUAGUGGCCCAUCAAAAAUUUAUUGGAAGCUUGGUAUAACAUUAUAUGAUGCUAAUUAUGUGUGA